CUUUAAUUCCAGAGAUUCGAUUUAUGUCUGGACGCGUCCCAUACUUUUUAUGAACUUUUAUAAAAAACCUUCUUUGAAGAGAUCUUUUCAUCCGUGACCAUAUUUUACUUAAAAUAGGCUAAAGUACUCGGUUGCAGUUUCAGAUCUCUGGGUUUAAAAUUUUCUAUUACGUUUAUUGUUGCCUGUGAUUUAAAUUUUACUUUGUUAGGCUUUGAUUUUAACGGUAUAACAACAACACCAGAUGGUAUGGAAAGAAAGCCCGUCAGAAUUGGACUCAAAUUGCUAUCCGCCACUUAUUUUACACUUUAUACCUGUGUGAAUUAGUUACCAGCCAUAUUAGUGCACGCAAAAUUCAGCUGUCUUGUCAAGUUCAAAUUGUAUUUCCCGUAUUCCAAUACUUGCAAAACGUAUCAACCGAAAACGCCUAGACUGACUUGAAACUUUAAACAAAGUCAUCUAUUGUUUACAAGGAUCUUGAAAGUUAAAAAUAUAUUUCAAAAACUGUCAACUGACAAAAAUAAUUACUGAGAAUUUUAAAAAAUUUCGAAAAUUUACCAUAAACUGAAGGCUCUUUUUGUGAUCGAAACGUGCUUACGAUUCGUACGAACAUUAUCAUAAGCGUCAAAAUUUACAAAAAUCUGGAGGCGCAACAAAGGACCACUCAAUCAAGUUAUUACCGCUUUCUGAUCAGAAAGAAAACAAAACUGCACAAACAAAACUAUAAUUUGAAAAUCUACAAGAAUCUUGGCCAAUAUACUCUUGAUUAUGAGUAAUAACUACCUCACCAUACCGGGACAAGAGAGCGACCCUGAAGAUGAAGACGAGCCCAAAAUAACCCGCAAAAAAUUAGACCGACUGAGUGUCAGAGGGUACCAUCCACCCGCCUCCAGAAGCGUCUCAUUUGACCCCAAAACUUGCAGCCCCCGGUCGGGCGGGGGAGAGAUAGGCAAAGAUGAAGAUGAAGGAGGUUCCGGCCGGGGAUUGGAAUUUCCGACUGGAAAGAGGCUGUCGUUCCAAGGAGUAACCAAGUCGUUUUCAGGAUCGUCUAGUGGACUGUUUAAUUUUGUGAAUGAAAAAGCAAAAAAUAUCGGAUCGGUUCCGAGUAUGAAUCUGUUCCACUCGAAGAAAGCUUCCUUUAGGAAUGGGACAAGCCGAGUAGAUCGGCACAAUUCAUCAGUGGACGACGACAUAGGGACCAAAGGAUCCUCCCCCGGAUCAUCCUCGUCAUCAUCAGUUGGCGGAAUCUUCUCGGGCGAAGGGUGGGCGGUACCUGGGUUCAGACGGAAACAGGCGGCUCAGCAAUCGGGGAAUCGUCGAGGGGCAAGGCCGAGAGGUGUUCUGAGUCGCGCCGAGAGCCUGCGACUGAACGAAGAGUGUGUGCAGAAGUUUCUGAAGACUGACGUCACUUUGUUUUUGGCGGAACAUCAGGCCAUCGAGAAAGGGACCCUUCUUAUAUCUCCAAAUGCACUCAUGUUCGAGUGCGCAAAGCCGAAGUCCGAUAAUUCGACGCCACAAAAGGACGACAGUGAACCCUGGCGACCUCCGGUAGAGGAGUUGAUCAUACCUAUGCGUCGCAUUUCGGGCGCCGCCCUCUUUUCUUGCCUGGGGAAGAAUAUGUCACAAGAUGAAAACAGAGACAGUUGCUCUCAGCCGACUUCACCGACUGAGAAACUGGUCGACAGAGGUGAAAUAGUGGCUGAUUCUACGGGGUCCCCUGGGAAAAAUGCAGCCAGUGCUCAAAAAUCUCUUGCCAAUUUCUUCGGAGUUUCCAAUUACGAUCCCACCUUCGGCGGCCUUUUGUCUCGUACUGCUCCCUCAAAAGAUGACUCAUCAGUUCAGGGGGAGCAGGGGGACUCCUGGUUAUCGUAUGUAGUACAGUCCUUUUGGGGACCAUGGGACGCAGCCAAUGAUGACGAGUCAAGUGGGGGUCCCUCUGACAAUGUUCAAAUUUCGAUCUUCCUCAAAAUCAGCACUCAUCCACGAAAUCCGACCAGAAACAAUAAUAAUAAUAACAACAACAACAACAAUAACAACAACAAAACUGUUAAUAAUAGUGAUAGUAAUAACAACGGCAGUGUCAAGGAAAAACGUGUGGAUGUGGAGCUUGAUGAGAAGUACUGGUUCAAAAUACCACUCGAUUGGGCAGACCGAGUAUAUGCAUUCUUAGUGGAAUGGAUUCCAGAGGAAGGUCUGAUGCCAUCCAAGAGCAGCCAACAGGGAAGGGGAGGGGGAGAAGGAGCAGAUGAUCAGGGGGCGGGUGGGGGCAACAACGCCGUUUCAGUGGACGAACAGGAAGAGCUGAACACAUUUGUACUUCUGGAUACCCGACCCACCUUAGACUUGUCCCCCUUUAAUGGAGCUGCAGGAGGGCAAGAAGAGGAGGAUGGGACAAGGGAGGAGGGGACUAUUUGUCCCGAGGGGGGUGGGGGUGGGGGAGGGGGUCGAAUAAUGGUGGGGAGUGAGAUCAAAUUAAGAAGUGGGAGUGAAGUGUUGUGUGAGAAGACAGGCACAGUGAUGAAGUCGAAGGGGAGAACGAGGGCGGCGGCUACUGGCGGGGCAGGGGGAGGGGGAGGGGGCGGAAGAGGGGGUAGGAGGGCGGAGAGCGAAUUGAUCGCCUGUUCAGUGGAGCAGUCUUAUGUCAAAGAGUGGGAAUUUGUGCACUCGGAGGAGUUUGAGAGGAGACAACUUCGUCAACUGGAGAGGACUCUGCCCUCCCCCCAGAUGUUCGGAUUCUCGCACAUCCUCACACCCACCCACGUCAAAAAGCUGGUUCCUCGACUACCCUCCCGCUGCUUGGGUUCAGUGUGGGCCUGCAUGUACAACAGCCAGCUGGACGGACUCUCAAUCAACACUCUCUUCCGCAAGUGUGAACCCCUCGACUCAGACACCUGCUGCUUACUCCUCAUCAACCCCCAACAAAACAAUAAAAACAAGGACAAAGAUGAGUCAUCAUCCUAUUCUCAGAGAUACUUGAGUUCUUCAUCGUCCGCAUCUGUCCCCAUAUCGGAGCCGGAAGAUUUCCAGAAGAAGUUAUCGCAAUCGAACUUGUCGCCCUUUUACGUCUAUCCGAAAAACUUCUUUGGAGCCGUCCUCUCAAACCCUCCACGUAUCAGCAAGGGUAAAUUCUAUGGCAGCGGACAGACAUUCCUCCUCAAAUUUGGAACACGACUCAGCACCGGCGACAGUGUAGUCAACAGUAGGCGGAACAGCGCCCGUGUCGCGGGAGGCGUACCGACAGGCCUCGGAGGCCUUGGUUUGGGAAGUGUGGAUCCGGAGUUUCCGUCGGUGUCCAAGGUGACUCUGCAGACGUAUCAGUGGUCUGGCACUAACAACUUGUUUUGUUCCUGUGAUCAUGACCACAUCACGGUCGGAGGAGACAAUUUCCAAGCCAAACCGGCCCUGAUGCUGGAUGGAGAACUCCUCUCCGGGCAGACUUACGACUGCGAGACUUUCAACAGCCCCCCUCUGACACAAGAUCACUCCCCCUCAUUCGAAAUCUCAUCACUCGAAGUAUGGGCCUUCAUACCCGAAAACUCACCCGAACUGAACGACCUGCGAGUUCAAAAUAUUCUCAAGUCGCGAGAAAACAGCAUGCAGAUAUGUAACUUAUCGCAAGGAGUACUCACGUCCAGAACACAAACACUCCCAUGAGAAGGUUAAAUAAGAAAACGCGCUUUCAUUGCUGCAACUGAAAACACCCCCACCCCCUCCCCCCUUCAGCAGUCCAGUUUUCAACCGCCAUUUUGACUUUCAUAUUCAUACCUCGUCGUGCACAAAAACUUUAAUUUAUAUCAAAAACAUAGACAUUAAAGUAGUGCAACAGAAAAAUAAUCAGUUUAGAAGUUGGUUUAUUUUGAUGCAGUUUAUGUAUGGUGCUAUAUAACUUAUAUAAAUAAAAUA